AUGACCUCCAAUUUCGAAAGAUUAGUGCGGUUUCGAGACAGUCAAGGUCAAAUCCACUAUGGAGAAGCCCACAGGAACGACAAGUUGGUCGGCACACAAGUGCCUAUCUACGCCGGUUGUGUGCCAUGGGAUUUACGUCGCACCACGCAAACAGCCGAAAUCGUCGAAGUUCUCUGCCCAUUACCCUCUGUCCCCAUAAUCUAUGGAAUUGGCAUGAACUAUAAAGGGCACAUCGAGGAGGUGAAAUUGCCCGUCCCGCGCCACCCGGUGAUCUUCACCAAGCCACCCGAUGCUCUCACAGGACCAUACGAUGAUAUCCUGACCGACAGUAGCUGCACCAACUUGGACUACGAAGGCGAACUCUGCGUCAUAAUUGGUAAAGAUUGCAAGGAUUUCACCAAGACAACUGAAAACCCUCUAGACUACGUGCUAGGAUAUAGCAUUGGGAACGAUGUAUCGAGUCGAUUUUGGCAGGAACCAACCCAGUCAGGCAACCAGCAUGGAUACGCCAAGUCCUUCGACAAGUUUGCACCCAUUGGCCCAGUCAUUGCUAGUGCAGAAACUAUCGCCAGUCAACACCAUAUGCAGGGGGGUAACCCCGAUCUUCAACUUCGAACGUUAGUCAACGGCGAGGAGAGACAGAACAGCCGGACCAGUGAUUUGCUCUUCGGGCUCAGCGACAUCUUAGAGCAUCUAAGCCGUGGGACCACAGUCCGGACAGGAACGGUUAUCAUGACUGGCACUCCAGAAGGGGUGGCUGCUUUUAUGGAGCCGCCUAGGUGGCUACGUUCGGGAGAUGAUGUGCAGGUUGAAAUCGAGGGAAUAGGGAAAAUCAAAAACAGAAUGGUUAUUGCAUAG